AUGACGUUACCGGAUAACGCUCGAAAGAUGAGAGAGAGGAGCAGAAAUGCGGCAAGGACACGUAGGGAGAACGAGAAUGCGGAAUUCCUAGAGUUAGCCAAACUCUUGCCGUUACCAGCUGCCAUUACUAGCCAAUUAGAUAAAGCUUCAGUCAUUCGGUUAACCACUAGCUACUUAAAAAUGAGACACGUCUUCCCUAACGGCUUGGGUGACGCUUGGGGUGCAGCGACUCCAGCAAACCACGCGAAAGAAGCUUGCAUUAAAGAGCUUGGUUCGUAUUUACUACAGAGUCUCGAUGGUUUUAUAUUCGUCGUAGGCGGCGAUGGUAAGAUCAUGUAUAUAUCUGAAACAGCAUCCGUUCAUUUGGGAUUGUCACAGGUGGAAUUGACUGGUAAUAGUAUAUUUGAAUAUAUCCAUCAAGCCGAUCACGAUGAAAUGAUAUCAGUGCUUAGUCCACCUCUUCCUCAAAAUCUUCCAGCAGAGAACAUGAUGAUGAAUUCGACCGUGUUUGAACUUCAACGUGUAUUUUUUUUACGAAUGAAAUGUGUAUUGGCAAAACGGAACGCAGGGCUUACAACAGGAGGAUACAAGGUAAUACACUGUUCUGGUUACUUGAAAGUGAGACAAUAUCCAGCAGGGAUGCCCGGUGUAGAAACCGUUGGCCUAGUAGCAGUUGGUCAUUCGUUACCUCCACAUGCCAUCACAGAGAUUAAAUUGCACUCAAAUAUGUUUAUGUUUCGUGCGAGUUUGGACUUGAAGCUCAUAUUUCUAGAUGCUAGAGUGUCUCAGCUGACAGGAUACGAACCUCAGGAUUUAAUCGAAAAGACACUCUAUCAUUAUAUACACGGAAACGACAUUCAUAACAUGAAACUCUCGCAUCACACACUGUUAUUGAAAGGCCAAGUCACCACGAAAUACUACAGGCUGUUGGCCAAAGACGGUGGUUGGGUGUGGGUUCAAAGUUACGCCACUAUAGUUCACAAUAGUAGAUCUUCAAGGCCCCAUUGUAUAGUUAGCGUAAAUUACGUACUGAGCGAGUCCGAAAUGAAAGACGUCUGCUUGUCCGUGCGCAACAGCGGUUGCGCGACGUCACAGAACGGCAAUGAAGACGCUGCAAUUCAAAACAAACCCAGCAAAGCGCAACAAAGCCAAAGACAAUCGAAUCAAAAUCACAGGUACCACAGGCCACCGGUGGUCACCGACGAAGAGUACAGUGAUUCCAGUGGCGGACUUUACAAUGACUACGUGAGCAGUAACAGCGAACCGCAAUCGCUGGUCAACGGCGCAGUCGGCAGCGGCGGCGGUGACGGCACAGGCCACCACCAACCGCCUCACCUGAACAUGAUGCCGGCGACCAACAUUUAUGUCGAUGAUUACAAUAUCACCUAUCCAGAUUUUUUCUACCCGUACGACCAGACAUGCGCGCGGCCGUUCAGCUCUGCCUCCAGCUGCUCCAGUUCGAACGAGAGCGACCGGAUGCAGCUUGCGCAUCAAGCCGGUGGCGGUGGAUACACGCCGCCUGCGGCCAUGCUCAUGAGCGCCAGUGGCCACCACGACGACCAUCACGCCGCGGCCGCGUACCAGGCGUUAACGCCAAUCGGCGCCUCCGUGCCCGUGACGGUCGUCGGACACCACCACGGUGUCAUCGUCGAUAAUCAACACUACACCGCCGUCAACGAGUACGUCCACUGA